UCGAGAGUUAGCUGACCUCUACCGUAGCGGAACUAAAACCCUAAACCCCAAAUUACGUUCAUUUGUCCAGCCGGACUGCCGGAAAGGGAGAGACAGAGACAGAGACAGACAGAGAUGGAAGCCACGGACAUGGAGGUGGAGGAACGACCACCGUCCAAUCCUGAUCCUUUCAAGCGUAUCUCCCUCAAAAACUCCAUCCAAACAAACUUCGGCGACGACUAUGUCUUCCAAAUCGUCCCCAAGGAUGAUUGGACGGCAAUGGCAGUUUCGCUUUCGACCAACGCCGUGAAGGUGUACUCGCCCGUGACGGGCCAGUACUACGGAGAAUGCAAGGGCCACUCUGCAACUAUCAACCAAAUUGCAUUCUCUGGUCCAUCAACUCCACAUAUCCUGCACUCUUGCUCAUCUGAUGGAACUAUUCGAGCUUGGGACACGCGCACAUUCCAACAGGUUUCAUCUUUCCAUUCCGGCUCUUCUCAAGAGAUUUUCAGCUUUUCGUUCGGAGGAUCAGGGAACAAUCUUCUAGCCGCAGGGUGUGAUACUCAGAUACUAUUCUGGGAUUGGAGGAACGAUAAACAAGUAGCAUGUCUCGAGGACUCUCAUGUAGAAGAUGUUACCCAGGUUCACUUCAUCCCUGAUCAUCAAAACAAGCUUCUUUCUGCUUCCAUUGAUGGAUUGAUGUGUAUAUUUGAUACCGAAGGAGAUAUCAAUGAAGACAAUCAUCUAGAUUCAGUACUAAAUGUUGGCACUUCGAUUGGGAAGGUUGGGUUUUUUGGAGAGACAUAUCAAAAGCUUUGGUGUUUAACCCAUAUUGAGACCUUAAGUAUCUGGGACUGGAAAGAUGCAAGCGAAACGAGCUUCCAGGAUGCUCGUUCUCUGGCUUCUAAAGGCUGGACACUCGACGAUGUCGAUUAUUUUGUUGAUUGCCACUACUCAAGAGAAGCAGAAAAGUUAUGGGUAAUUGGUGGCACUGAUACUGGCACUUUAGGUUACUUCCCUGUAAGUUAUGAAGGAAACAAAGCUAUAGGGUCCGCUGAAGCAGUUCUUGGAGGUGGGCAUACAGGUGUUGUUCGAAGCGUGUUGCCAAUGUCGAGCACGCCCAGCGGAUCCAGCCAAGGUCACGGCAUUUUUGGAUGGACUGGCGGUGAAGAUGGCCGGUUAUGUUGCUGGUUAUCAGAUAAUGCACCCGAGAUAAACCGAUCAUGGAUUUCAAGCGCGCUGGUUUCAAGAUCACCUAGGACCCGAAACACAACACGGCACCAACCCUACUAGAAAAAAAGGAUGUUUUGAACUCUUGAAUUUCUGUUUCGGUAAGGAUAGUGGUCGCCUGUACCAUAUUUGUAUGAUUUAUUCACCAUUUACAAUGUUCUAAAGUUUCAAUGGAAACAGAUGAGAGAUUGAUCCAAAGAAAAUUGAAUUCA